CCAUUGUUAGGAGCUGUUUUUUUUAUUUUCAGUGUUUAACAAAAAGAAGCAAUGCUUGUGGGGAUUGUUGCUGUCUCCGUCUGUUUGCUGCUGUGCAGCAGUGGGGCUCAUGGACAGUGGAGGUGGUGGUACAGGCUGUGGGGCAUGGACCAAAUGACAGCAGCGCCGGGCAUGACAAUUCCUGCGAGCACGCAGUCACCUACCAGCAGCCACCUGCCAGGAACCCAAUUCACACCAAUGGCCAAAUCAGCUGGUGGCACCCAAACUCUGAGUCCUCGCCUGGAGCACUCAGUUCAAGAGUCCUCAGCUGUGAGGAACACUCCAGCAGGGGGAAUGACUGAAUUUAAGAGCGUUGGCUGGCUCCAGCAAAGGAAUCUGACAGAGAGAGGAUCCAAUGAUCACAUUGACCUAACAGGCCUGAUUGGAGUCCCCCUACCACCAUCGGUUGCAUUCAUCACAGGAUAUGAAGGCUUUCCAGCGUACAGUUUUGGGCCAGGUGCAAACAUUGGUCGACUGACUAAGACCAUGAUACCUCAGUCUUUCUACAGAGACUUUGCUAUCCUUGUGACCAUCAAGCCAGCUAGUGAUGAUGGCGGAGUGCUGUUUGCGAUUACAAAUUCCUACCAGAAUAUUAUUUAUUUGGGAGUGAAGUUAACUGCCGUUUGGAAUGACAGCCAACAGAUCGUGCUCUUUUACACGGAAUCGGGUUCUCAAACCUCCCAUGAGGUUGCCUCGUUUGAAGUGCCACCCAUGACUAACAAAUGGACCCGGUUUGCUUUAUCCAUUGAGGAUGAGCUUGUCACUUUGUACUUGCACUGCGACGAGUAUAAUCAGAAUACCUUCAAGCGAUCACAACAGGCAUUAUUUUUUGAGCCAAGUUCAGGAAUUUUCAUUGGGAAUGCCGGAGGGGCAGGGUUGAACAAGUUUAUAGGAUCCAUCCAAGAACUGACGAUUAAAUCAGAUCCACGUGCCAGCGAAGAUCAAUGUUAUGAGGCUGAGCCCGAUGGAUCUUCUGGAGACGCUAGCGGUGAUGGUAGUGGUCAAUAUAUUCCGCAGGAGCAUGGAGGCAUUAAACCCCAAAUUCAGCACAUUACUCCAAGCCCUCUAAUUGAUGAGCAUUUACACAGUGAACCAGUCAAAGAGCCCCCGACUGAAGCUUCUGUUAUAGAGGGAACGGAGGGUUCCUCAGGACACCGGGAAGCUGUACUCCGGGAUGUGACUGUAUCAAGCACCUCUCAAGAGGUGCCACUUUAUGAAGACCAAGCAGAAAUUGGAGUAAAAGCAGGGUCUCCUGGCCAAAGAGGUGCAAAGGAUGACCAGAGCCCGCCAGGACCUAAAGGAGAAAUCGGAUCUGGAAGUGAAGUCCUUUACAGCGAGGAAGGAGCCAAGGGUGAAAAGGGUGAGCCAGGAAGUAAGGGUGAAAAUGGACUGGGAUCACCUGGAUCCAAGGGGGACAAAGGUGAACCUGGAAUCCCUGGUUCUCCCGGCGUGCCCGCAGUGAGGGAAGUUAAUCCUGUAGAGCCUAGUCUACCAGGGCCAAGAGGCCCACCGGGCCCUCCUGGAAAAGAUGGUAAACAAGGCGUAGCUGGAAAAGAUGGAUUGCCUGGUAAACAAGGAUCUCAGGGAUUUAAAGGAACAAAAGGCGAUCAAGGUCUUAAAGGCGAAAAGGGCGAUCCUGGGCUUUCCGGUUCACCAGGUCCUCCUGGUCCCCCUGGUCCACCUGGUCCACCUGGCCAAAGACUUAAUACCCUCAGUGCAGAAGGUUCUGGUUUUCAUGACAAUGACGAUGACACAGAGAUAAUUAGAGGUCUCCCUGGGCCACCAGGCCCUCCAGGAUUGCCAGGACCACCAGGUAUCCCUGCUCAAUCAGAAGUGAUGAAUCCAAACAUUGUUGGCUCCCCAGGACCACAUGGCCCCCCUGGUCAGCCUGGACAAGAUGGUAAAUCGGGUGAGCCAGGUCCAAGGGGGGCGCCAGGAGUGGAUGGGACUGUUGGUGAACCAGGGACAAAAGGACAAAAGGGUGAUCAAGGUCGAAUUGGUCUGCCUGGUCUACAGGGAGCAAAGGGAGAAGUUGGAGAUAAUGGCAAACCAGGACCCCCAGGACCUCAGGGUCAGCCUGGAAGCGCAGGACCACAGGGUCCACCUGGACUCCCAGGACCUCCUGGACCACCUGGGUCACCCAGCAGCGGUGGUUUUAACUUUGGAUUUGAGGAUAUGGAAAGCUCUGGUGCAUUUGGACUACCGGGUAUGCCAGGAAAACCUGGACCCCCAGGACCUCCAGGGUCCCCAGGUGAAAAGGGCAAACCAGGUUCUCCAGGUGAAAAAGGACCUCCGGGUAUCUCAGGUCAACCUGGACAAAUCGGGAAAGCUGGAUUACCAGGACCCAUGGGACCAACAGGCAAGAAAGGUGAACAAGGACUUAAGGGUGAACGUGGUCAAGAUGCUGUUGGUAAACCAGGACCUCCGGGCCCUCCAGGACCUGUUGUAUUGCUACAUGAGUUACUGAUGAAUGAUACCGAAGGACAUCUAAACUUGAAUGGAAUUCAGCUACUUCCUAAGCUGCGCGGAUCAGAAGGUGUGCCUGGUCAAGCUGGAUUUCCUGGCCCUAGAGGACCCAAAGGUGACCUUGGUAUCCCUGGUUUUCCAGGAAUAAAGGGGGAGAAGGGCGAGCCUGGAGCUGUUGUUGCUGCAGAUGGAUCUCUGAUGGACAUAAGUUCAAAAGGUCAAAAGGGUCAGCCAGGCCCACUGGGGCCCCGUGGACCUCCGGGGCCAACGGGACAUCCUGGUCCUAAAGGAGAAUUUGGCCUUCCUGGUAGACAUGGUCGUCCAGGAAUAAAUGGCAGAAAGGGUCAGAAAGGUGAAUCUGCAACAACACUUAUGGGCCCUGCUGGAUUCCCAGGACUUCCGGGACCUCCAGGACCUCCAGGACCUCCUGGUCAAAUCCUCAAUAUAAAAGGGACAGUUUUUCCAGUUCCUCCCAGACCUCACUGCAAAAUGCCCGUAAAUGGUCAGUUGGAUCAGCAAGUGGACUAUAACUUCCUGGGGCUGAAGGGUGAAAAGGGUUCUUUUGGACGACUUGGACUAAUUGGUAGUAAAGGUGAAAAGGGGGAACAGGGUGCCCCAGGAUUGCCAGGUCCUUAUUCACCGUAUCUUGGCCUUAAAGGUGAAAAAGGAGACUCUGGUGCACUGGGUCAAAAAGGAGAAAAGGGAGAAUCAGGCAGUGGGUUGUUCCUGUCACAUUCCCCUGGACCCCCAGGACCCAUUGGGCCUCAUGGGAGACCUGGACCAGUAGGACCCAAGGGUGAAUCUGUUCUAGGGCCAAUGGGGCCACCAGGAAUACCUGGCCCUCCAGGACCUCCAGGUUAUGGAAUUGCGGGUCCGCGAGGUCGUCCUGGACCCCCUGGUCCUCCAGGAAUACCAGGAGUCUUCGGAUCAGCUGUUGCACUUCCCGGACCUCCAGGACCCGCAGGACCACCAGGACACAGAGGCAUUGGCAACGCAGUGUCGGUGUUCAACAACAUGGAGCUUAUGCACAAAUCAACCUAUUCAGUGUCUGAAGGUUCCUUGGGCUAUAUUACAGAUAGAGGAGACCUUUACAUUCGAGUUUACAACGGCUGGAGAAAGCUCCAGCUUGGUGAUCUGAUUCCUGCUCCCGCCGAUGAGCCGGUUCGUUCAUUUAACUCUAUCUCAGCACCAAACUCAUUCCCAGCAAUAAAUGAUCAGAAGCCAGCGUUACACUUGGUCGCUCUAAACACACCCCUGUCUGGCAACAUGGGGGGUAUCCGUGGGGUCGAUUUGCAAUGCUUCCAGCAAGCUCGAGCAAUGGGCUCAAUUGCAACGUACCGGGCUUUCCUAUCUUCACAGCUACAAGAUUUAUACACAGUGGUGAGGAAAGCUGACAGAUUAAACAUGCCCAUUGUCAACCUAAAGGGGGAAGUGCUUUUUGACAGUUGGGAGUCCAUAUUUAAGAGCCAUGCUACUUUCAACACAAACGUUCCUAUUUAUUCGUUUGAUGGUAGAAACAUCAUGAAAGAUACUUCCUGGCCACACAAAAUAAUCUGGCACGGGUCCAAUGAAAAGGGAGGCCGAGUGACGACAAACUACUGUGGAGCAUGGCGGACAACAGACAUGACCCUCACCGGCAAUGCAUCACCACUUACAAGGGGAAGGCUCCUGGAUCAGCACUCGUAUAACUGCGCAAAUAACUUUAUUGUUCUUUGCAUUGAGAACAGCUACUUCCAUGACCACAGGAGGAGAAAAUAACAACUUGCGACUGCACAUGAAAGGUUUGGAAUUAUAUCGCGUCUACAAUCUCAUCAUAAAACCAGUAAAGGGUGGCAUACUGUUAGAUUCUAUAAAUAUGUUAACGUGGGGACAAUGUAAAUAUUGCUUUCUGACGGGAUUGUCAAUUUGCAGAAAGUUAGCAGAAAUGGAAGCCAAAGAUGACAUACCUCAAAAAUCUGCAUGGACUGUUUUUUUAAAAAAAUCAAACUGUAUUUGUUCUAAAGAACUGCUCUCGUGCAGCUCCUCCAUCAUGUUUGUUGAUAUUUUGGUGCUAGUGAAAAAUAAAUUUAAGCGAGACUGCUGUUAAGAUGACCGUAUUUAUAAGCGCAAUUGAUUCAACUUGGCCAUGUUACAAAACAAAGCCAAGUUGGAAUGAUAGGGUAAAGUGUCCAUUUGCAUCCACCCACUGCCGAGCCUUGCCCCACCUGCGGUGUCUAUUAGGUAAUUAAGAUUUUCCACCCAUUAGGAAUGCACUGCAAUGACUUUUCACUGGGAAUGCUCGUCUCUGAAUCCAACCUCUGUAAUGAAGGAUACUUUUACUUCUUCCAAACACUGCGAGGAAUGGAACUUUUUUUUGUGAAAUUUGUCGUCACUAUUUGUAAAAAAAAAUGCAGUGCUCAAGUUUUUUUUAACAUAAUGUACAAUGUAAAUCCAUGCAUCCUUACUACUAAACCCUGCAUAAUGGUAUGGUAUUAAAGUAUCUUAAUGCGCAAUUAACAGUGCUGUUUUUCCUUAACUGGGACCUUUUUAACAUCUUUCUUGAAUGUUUCUGAGAGCUGUAUUAUUCAACAGUAACAACCUUGUAUUUAUUGCUUCUGUCCAUCAAUACUGCCAAGAUGUGAGCAGGCAGUGGAGGGCCUCGCCUGCGGGUAGCAAGUCACUGGCAAUUUUUCUAGCCUGGUCUUCUGACUUGUAGAAGGGCUUUCCCGCUAGUAGCCCACCUUUACAAAAGUCGGCCCUUCCAUUUGUUUAAUGGUUUUUGAUACAACACUGUUCUGCUGCAGAUCAGCAGAUUUAAACAUUCUCCUAUUUUUUAUAAAACGAUUGUAAUAUGCUAUUAGUAACAAUUUCACAGCAAAUUCAUGUUUAAAAAGUACAAACUUUAGAGAUGGCAGCUUUUCAGCAUAAUCAUUUCCACUGCAGAUUUAAUCAAUUCACACUGAAGAUUCAUUCCAUUUACAGUGCAGAUUUAGUCCAUAUACAGUUCAGAUUUAGUCCAUUUACACUGAAGAUUUAGUCCAUUUACACAGAAGCUUUAGUCCAUUUACACAGAAGCUUUAGUCCAUUUACAGUACAGAAUUAGCCCAUUAAAGUGAGCAUUAGUCAAUUAACAAUGUACACUUGGUCCAUGGAUAGUAUAGAUUAGGCCAUUUGCAAUACAGAUUUAGUCCAUUUGCAGUCCAAGUUUAAUUAAUUUACAAUACAGAAUUAGUUAAUUUACACUCUACAUUUAGUCCAUGUAGAUUGAUUUAGCCCAUUCAAUGGAAUUCAACUACCAGAUCAGUAAAAUAAUGUUUGCAUAAAUCAGCAACUUUUUAAUAUAUGAACCAAAUGUCUGAAUCAGAUUGUAUCAAAAUGAAGGAUGUUUCACACGCUAAAUAAACUUAAUACAUUUUUUGUA